AUGUCUGGUUCAUGUUUCAAACCGUUUCGUCUCCGACGCUCUCUAAGAUCUAAGUUCCCUCCAGAGCCUUCCUUCCCGGCCUUAUCCGCUAACCCUUCUUCCUCAAAAACCAACCGGUAUGCAGAAAAUGAGACCAUGGAGAAGAAGAGAUUCGACAGCAUGGAGUCUUGGUCGAUGAUUCUUGAAUCCGAGAACGUGGAGACAUGGGAAGCAUCUAAAGGAGAAAGAGAGGAAUGGACCGCAGAUCUUUCUCAGCUUUUUAUCGGUAACAAGUUUGCUUCCGGAGCGCACAGCAGAAUCUAUAGAGGGAUCUACAAACAAAGAGCCGUUGCUGUGAAGAUGGUGAGGAUCCCUACACACAAGGACGAGACAAGGGCUAAGCUCGAACAGCAGUUUAAGUCUGAGGUUGCUCUGCUCUCUCGUCUCUUUCACCCUAACAUCGUCCAGUUUAUUGCGGCGUGCAAGAAACCGCCCGUGUAUUGCAUAAUAACAGAGUACAUGUCCCAAGGAAACCUCAGAAUGUACCUAAACAAGAAAGAGCCUUACUCGCUAUCGAUCGAGACUGUACUAAGGCUGGCUCUAGACAUCUCAAGAGGAAUGGAGUAUCUUCACUCACAGGGUGUUAUCCACAGAGACCUAAAGUCCAACAAUUUGCUUUUGAAUGAUGAAAUGAGAGUUAAAGUUGCAGAUUUUGGGACAUCUUGUCUUGAGACGCAAUGCAGAGAGGCAAAGGGUAAUAUGGGAACUUAUCGAUGGAUGGCUCCAGAGAUGAUUAAGGAGAAGCCUUAUACUAGAAAAGUUGAUGUUUAUAGCUUUGGUAUCGUUCUAUGGGAACUCACCACUGCCUUGCUUCCGUUCCAAGGCAUGACUCCCGUGCAAGCUGCAUUUGCAGUCGCUGAAAAGAACGAGAGACCGCCUUUACCGGCGAGCUGUCAACCAGCACUAGCUCACCUGAUCAAGAGAUGUUGGUCGGAGAACCCGUCAAAGCGGCCGGACUUCUCAAACAUCGUAUCGGUGCUAGAGAAGUACGACGAGUGUGUCAAAGAAGGACUGCCUCUGACGUCACACGCAAGCCUCACGAAGACCAAAAAUGCCAUUCUUGAUCGCCUUAAAGGCUGCGUCUCAUCCAUCAGCUCAACAUCCUCUUCCUCUUCUGUUCCUAUAAAUGCUUAGUAAUUCAAAGUUUCUUUUUUUUUUUUGCCAAAAGUAAUUCAAAGUUGUUUAAGUACCAUAACUCUCUCCCCGUUGUAAAGUUUACUAUUAUUCUUCUUAUUUUUUCAUUAGUGUAUUAUUCAUCUACGCUAUGUUAAUG